AUGGUAGGGAGGUGGGCGUCAGCCGCGGGCCGCCGGAGUGGACGCGAGGGAGGGAGGGAGAGAGCGAGCCUGCCGGCUAGGCGACCAGUCGGGCCCGGUCAGCCGGCUCAGUCAGUCAGCGCGGCGGCGGGGGCAAGGCCGGGUCCCUCUCGGACCAUUUUAACUGCGGCUCCGCCGGCGGCGCGCGCGCCCGUGACUCUGCUGAGAGCUGCAGGAGCGCGCGGCCCGUUCCGGCAAGGGGCGGAGCCAGUUGCGGCGGCGCGCUUGUGGCGAGGACGCCGGCGCCCGGCUGCUCAACCAGGACGGCUACCACACAGACACUGCGGGGAGGAGGCCGGCCGGCGAGGGCGCGGGACUCUGGGCUCGCGGCGUGCGGCGCAUGCCCCUCCCUCUCGCCGCCUAAGGUUUUUCCGAGGCCGCUGGGCGUGCGCCGCGUUUCUGAGGCGGGAGGAGACACUUCCGAGCCUGCUGUGUGACAUCCGUUUACACAGCCGCGCUGACGUCUGGAGGUACAUCACAUCAUUGCCCCAGAGAGGAGCCCAGGAUUCUCACACCAUGACACCAUCCUCAUGUUUCUCCAGCCACAUUUGGACAUGGAUCUGGCAGCCUAAGGUACCAAUGCAAGAUUCUACCCUAGACCUGAGAAGGUUGUCAGUUUUUUGUGGGUUAAUGGUUAAUACAGAAAUGCAACAAAGUAUGACUGCUAUAUCAGGAUUAUAUUCAGCCUUGAAGCAAUUUCCAUUUUUAUAUGUUCACUUAGACCAGUUUGUAUGCUAUUUGAAAUCAAUGAGAAGAGAAUUGUGAUGGCAAGAAAUCUGCCUGGUUAAAAACAAGAAAGAAAGAAAGAAAAAAAUGUUUUCUUAGACUACAUAUGCCUUUAAACAUUUUUAUUUAGAACUUUUUUUAUUUUUCUGCAAAUAUGUGAUUAUAGCAUUACAAGGAAGACAUUAUAUUUGUACAAUAGCCUUCACUGAGCUCUCUUGAAGCAAAUAUUAGACAUAUCUAGUGUAAGUAAAACCACAUGUUAUAAUUGGAAACUAUUAUACAAAAAAAGAUGUAAUAUUUGAAAUUGGCCAGAAAAUCAGAGAAAAGUUGACCUUUUGGCAUGUUUUUAAACUAUACUUCUUUGGAUAGUAUGGUACAAUAUGAAUUUCUGUUACAGGAACAAAAUUAUUAGAGAGUGAAAAUGAGGUAUUAAUGUAAUGAAGAUUUUUUUACUGAGAUAAUUGAUCUCAAUUUCAGGUAAAUAAUUACCCACAUCUCUCGAUUUAAAGCUGCUUCGAAUACUUUUUCUGCCUCCUUUUUCAUUGUCAUUCUGUCAGCUAUCACAUAUUACAACUGUCAGAUGACCGAGUCUCGAAGCUACCCCUUUUAAUUUCUUGCUUCUAAUCUGCAGUGAAGAAAGAAAUUGGAUAUUUAAGUGAAAGUCUGAAAGUUUUCUAAUGGUUAAUUGGAUGACCUUAGUGUGUGGUUUUGUGAUUUUUUUUCCCCCUGAAUACUCAAGGCUGCUUUUUGCUUGCUUCUGGUUUUCUCAACCAUGUCUAGAUGAGGAUAUGACCUUUGGUUAAGUGAAGUGCUUUUAUAACAAAUUUACAAUUUCAGGGAAUUUCUAUGUAGCUAAGCUUUGUACUUACGCAUAAUUUAUUUUCCUUUGCUCAUGAUCUUCCAAUGGGGUGUUUAAUGUCAGUAAGAAAUAAAUCUAGACUCUAUGUUAUGUACUGGUUGCUCUUCCAAAUUAAUACUUAGUCCCACUAACCAAUCCAAGACAAUCAUUGGCCUCAUCAUUGUUCUCUGAAUAUACCUUGCUUACUUUUGCCCAUAUGCAAUCUUUUAAGCUAUUGCUUUGAGGUAAGGCACCUUUUCCUACCUCUCUUAAUGUUCUCAUGCUUUCUAAGCCAUCUCACAUUCCAAUGUUUCCAUGACUCUAAGUUUGGACCACAUAGAUUCACUUAUUCUACUUACCUGUAACUACUUCCCAUGCAUUGCAGGGGAGGGGGCUGAUCAAAUACUAUGAAUUAUUGUUCUCUAUGUGGGAGUAUAUAUGCUUAGCAUCUCUAAGUAUGCUAUUACCUACUCUGAAUAAAUGUACAUUCUUUCUGUAGUACAGAGAAGAGAAGAACAUUAUUAACAUCCUGUUUAUAUUAUUUUAAUCAUCUUGUAUUAUGUCUGGUAGGAAAUAGAUGACACCUAUUCAGUCAAGGAUGACAGAACAACAGACAGGAUGGCUAGCGAUUUGAGAAAAAAUGUUGGCCCUUCUUUUUACAUAUCUUUGUUCCUCUUCAAACAAGCCUUCUUUGUAUAAAGAUGUCUGGAAAUUGUCACAUUACAUAGAAGUGGGUAGGAAAAAUUAAUUCCUUUACCACUAGUGUACAUUUCUGCAGGGCUUCGAAGGCAGCUUGAGCUCAAAGGACUCAGUUGCAUACAUGAUAGUUGAGGUAACAGGUCCACCUAUAGAUAUUAGAUUAGUUCAAGCACUUUUUUCAUAGGAUUUCUUUUCUCAGACAUGUGGUCUAGAUAUAUGACUAAUAUAGCUCUCUAAUUGUGGAUCUUUCAUACUUUCAAGUUCAGAAGAACAUCUUUUUUGUAAUUCUGUUAUUCCCAUCUCAAUCUUUAUGUUAUGUCAAAGGGAAUCUUUACCAAUGUGUUUCUUUACUGUUUUGAAACCACUCUGAUGGGAAAAAUAGUGUUUUUUGUUGUUGUUGUAAUCCAGAGGAAGCUUAUUUUAUUUUUAUUCUAACCAUUGGUUAAUGAGUCACAUAAAUCCCUUAGGUUUUCUUGACCUAAAUUUCAAGUAUUAUAAAAAAAAAAUCUCACAACAUGGUUAACAAUUAUUAGAGAUGAAUAAAAUUUUUUGUGAAAUGCCUUCAUCCUCCCAAUUCCUGAAUCUAGUAUAGAGAGCUGCCUGGAGACCAUGUGACUACACAUUGCUCCAGAGAGAAUAUGUAUGAGGAGUACCACCUCUGGCCCCUAAGCUGCUGCAAAAUGGUACCAUUUUGAAAGAACAGCCAACACUGGACUUUCAUCCUGCCCUGGGGCCCAAUAAUCCUUAUACCGCCACAUCCUUAGGACCCCACCAACAUCCCUUCACAUCUACCCAGAGGGUUGCAGUUUCAUGGCACUGCCUGAACCCAGUAGUACAGCUAUGUCCUUGGCAUCUGAGCCCAUGGAACAUCCUACUCCCUGAGAAACGGGUGGUUGAACACAUCAAUGAGUUUGCCCCAAAGCAUAGGGAACCACAGCAUUAACACAGUAAGGGACAAAAAUCAUAUGAUCAUCUCAAUAGAACCAAAAAUAAGCAUUUGAAAAAUUCAAUAUUCCUUCAUGA